UCCAGUGAAUGAGUUAAUAACAUAGAACAUUCUUACAAUAAUUACACUAAAAUUUGAAUCUCCAUCAAUUACCAAAUUUUUUCGCUACAACGAGAAUGGCUAGCAAGGCAUUGGUGGCGUGCUCAUCUUCAACUCUCAUGUCGAGUAAGCCCUUUACUAACCCAUUACCAAUUGGGUUGAUCCCACAAUCUUCUGUCGUGUCCGCUACACCAUCAAACAAACCUUCAAGGUCGUCUAUGAUGGUGCGAGCCCAACAGGCAGGUGGUCAGCCAAUUGACCCUGUCCAUCCCGUGACAGGUUCACCUUUCCACAAAAAAGUUGCCCUCCUUGAAACCUCCCCUUACGUACGAACUCCCUGGAACACUACAGAGGACGAGCACGAAAUCAGGAUGUGGUUUGACAUGCCGGGGACUAAUGCAGAAAACAUUGAAGUGGACGUUGUGGAUAACUUGCUAGUGAUCAAGGGAGAAGGUGGAAUUGAUGCAUUUGGGAAGAAGAUCUUUAGCCCCUAUGACAGCAGGGUUCAAUUGCCUCCAAAUUCUUGGAAGGAAGAGAUCACGGCCGCGUUUAAAAAUGGAGUUCUUUACAUAACCGUGCCAAAGAUUACCAAAUUUGAGCACAAAAUAAUCCAAAUUCCAGUUCGAUCUGCUUAAUUAUAACCAGUUACAAAUGAACCGCCUCUCUUAAUCCGUAGUUGAUGUGUGUUAUACUUACAUUAUACUAUGAAAAUAAUCUCUGUUUACAAUAUAUUUAAAUGGAAUGAACUAUAUGUGUAAUGAAACACUUACAAUAACCAUAUAUUAUAUAUGUUC